UGGAGAUGGAGAUGGAGAUGGAGAUGGGACAGCCCCCACACCCUCCCUCCUCCUCCUCCACCUCCUCCUCCUCUCUGUAUAAAAUGGCCAAUCCACCAGCUUUUCCCAGACAGCCACAGAGAGGGAAAAAAGGGGCAAGUGAGUUGCGCACUGCAACCUCUCUGCACCACCCACGUCCUUGUUAGCUGUAGCGUUCCGUCUCUGCUUUCUUCCACCUCUUUGCUUGACCUACACUGACUGCCGCAGCUCAUCGGCUCCUCUGGCUCUUCGAUCCCGACAUGGGGUUCCCGGUUGGCUACUCUGAGCUCCCGAAGCUCCUCCUCCACCUGCUCUUCCUCUUCGCCCACCUGAGAAGGCUCAUCAACUGGGUCUUCCACUGCCUCGGCCUCGGCGCCCUGCUGGAGUCCGAAGCGCAGUGGCAUGACACGGACGCCCACGCCCAUUACCACCAGACGGGCGUUUGCUCGCUCCCGGCCGAGCUGAUCCAGGAGAGCUCGCCGGCGAUCCGGUUCCAGGAGCUGGUCACCGCGCAGCGCGGCCAUCGCUGCUUGCCGGAGAGCUGCGCGGUGUGCCUCUACGAGUUCGAGGGCGCCGACGAGGUCCGGCGGAUGGGAAACUGCCGCCACGUCUUCCACCGGCACUGCGUCGACCGGUGGCUGCAGCACGGGCAGUGCACCUGCCCUCUGUGCCGAGCGCCGCUUGUCCCCGGGGAGCUGCACGCCGACGGCUCUUUGUCUUACGACGAGGGACACCUGUGCUCCUUCCCGCUGCCGCCGGCGGUGUCUGCGCUGCGUCCCCUUCGGUUGCCUGCUUCCUAGCGAUAGAGAUCGGCGAGCGAGCAAGCAGUGUACAGAGGUGAUGGAAGCUGUGCAAAGCACAAAAGUCGGAUGCAAUAAGACAGGGAAGAAGACCAUCAAUCAUAGUGUGGGUUGGUUCUUCUCCUUGUACAGUCUUGGUUGGGAAUGAGGCUUGGGAGAGCGUGAAAUGAAGCUUUCUUGAGGGUACUCUUGAGUGUUCCAAAGGAGUUUGGAGCUUGAGAGAGAGAGAGAGAGAGAGAGAGAGAGAGAGAAGGGUCUGCAACCUGUUCACUGCAGCACUUCCUUGGUUGGAUUGGAGGCUUGAGAGAAGAAGGAUCAAAAUCCUACUGGUGUGGGUUGAUUUUGAUGUGUAAUAUCUGCUCCCUUUCUUCUGACUUGAAUUACCAGCAAAAUUUUUUGUUGCUGGUUGCUUGUAAGGGUUGUAACUUUGGAUUGAAUGAGACUGAGAAACUUCUGCUUGGUUUUA